GAGAGAGAGAGAGAGAGAGAGAGAGAGAGAGAGAGAGAGAGAGAGAGAGGGAGCUAAGGCCAGGGGCUUUGCUGGCUGCCAUUGUCGCUGUCUGUCAGGAGAAGCACUGGGGAGAAAGCGAGAGAGAGGGAAGAGAGAGGAAAAGUUCCUGCUGAGUUAAAGUAGUCCACGGGACCACGCGUACAGUAUUCAACAGCUUUCCUAGGCUAUCAGUCGGCCAUCGCAAGGGAGAGAGAGAGGAGAGAGAGAGAGAGAGAGAGGGAGAGAGUUUCACCAAAGGAUUUUUUAUUUAUAGCCCCUCCAACGGCAACAGUCAGUAACAACUUUUCUGAGGAGUGUGUGUGGUUGGUUAGUGGAGAUAAAGGACUAGUUAGUGAUUUUGUUUGGCCAUGCAACAGGCCUGGGAUAAGGCUCUCUUUGAGGCUCACAUCGAAGGUGUCAAGAACGGCCAAACUGGUGAAAUGUCGGGGAAAAGCCAAGGAGGAUAUAUGGGAACCAAGACGUCCAACGAACACUUCCAGAGCACCAGCGUGUCCGACGGCAAUGAUAACAAGCCCCAGCCAGUGGGUGGUGUCCAGGGCCAGCUGAGUGGUGGGGGUGGGACCCACCAGAACCACCAGAACACACAGCUCCUCUUGACACCCGCCAGUAUCCAGCUAGCCCAGCUCCAGGCCCAGCUCACCUUCCACCGCCUUAAACUGGCCCAGAGUGCUGUGGGGGGCAACGCAAACUCAGCAAACGCAGCCAGCAUCCUCAAUCAGGUCCUUGCCAAUGUGGCCAUGUCCCAGCCCCUCUUCAACCAGCUCCGCGCCUCGGCCAUGGUCAGUAAUCCCCAAGCAAUUGGUGGUGGUUUCCACUCCAGUGCCCUAGCCUUCCAACUGCCUCCACCACCGCCGCCACCGCCGCCACCGCCGCCACCCCCCAACUCUGCCCUGGGGACUUUAGUAGGGGCCGGAUUCAACCAGAAUCAUGGUAAUCUGAGGCUGAACCAUUACGGAGGUGGGGGUGUUUCUGGGAACCAACAGCAGCAGCAACAGGCCAACCAGCAUGGUGGAUCAGACUACGGCAAGAAAGCUGGCUCAACAUACCCUUCAGAUAUGGAUAGGCGUCUCCAGUAUGGCUUCACAGGGGGGACGUCGGUGGCGUUGAGUGAACCCGGAGAGGGACAAGGACAGUACGUGCCAAUCAUGACUCAGGCAAAGAGUACAAACCAAGGCUUUCAGAUUGACUUCUAUGGUCAGAGUCAACAACAACAGGCUGGGUUCAGUGUUGGGAAUCAAAACUAUCAGAACAAGAACCCUUUUAAUGAGCAGCAGUGGAAAAGCCCAGGUAACAUGAGCCACGCGGGAAAAGGGUUGGACAUGGUUUCCAAUACUGCCACAGUAUGGAGGGGGACUGGGCAGCCAGUCCGUGCCAGAGAGGAUCUGUACAAUCCAGAGGAGCCGACCUCUGACCCCAAGUUCAAUUCCGGCGGUGGGGAAAUUACUUCCUCGUUCGGAGAAGGCAUGGGUGUCACCAAGGGGUUUGUGGGAUACCACAAGCAGCCCCUGCAGGAGGGAGAGGAGACCCUGUCUACAGGUGGUUCCGUACAACUCCAACCUCACCAGCUGAAUGACUUCCACGCCGUGACGCCAUCCCACCUGCCCCACCAGUGCACCAUCUGUGAGAAGAAGGUCUAUAACCUCAAGGACUGGGACCAGCACGUGAAAGGUAAACUACACCUGCAGAACCGCUUGCUGUACUCUGAAGGUGCUACAAUCAGAGCCGGAGCCGUCUACUACGGUCCCGCCGGGUCGUCUGAAGGAUGCCUAAACAACGGCGGAGUGAAUAACUCCAUGGCUUACUCUUCCACCGCCAAUCAAGAUGUAUCAUCCGGAGCUAACCUACCAGCUGGAGUAAUGAGAACCUAUCCCAUGUCAGGGGCUGGAUUUACCCAACUCCCACCUGGGUCAAAGGUAUUUCCACCCAGGAAAUCAAUCACAGGACGGGUGGUCCACAUCUGCAACCUCCCCGAGGGCAGCUGCACAGAGAAUGAUGUCAUCAACCUGGGACUGCCCUUCGGGAAAGUCACCAACUACAUCCUCAUGCGCUCUACCCACCAGGCGUUUGUGGAGAUGGCGUACAUUGAGGCGGCCCAGGCUAUGGUUCAAUACUACCAGCUGACUCCAGCCACGAUCAACGAUCAGAAACUACUGAUCAGGAUGUCCAAGAGAUACAAGGAGCUUCAGCUCAAGAAACCAGGGAAAGACGUUGAUUCAAUCAUCCAGGAUAUCAACUCUCUGAGGGAAAGGGACGAGAUGCAGGAGACUGAUCACUACAUGCCAGAGAGAGCGCGGUCCCGUAGUCCCAUCAGCCGCUCUCUGAGCCCUCGCUCCCACAGCCCCAGCUUUACCUCCUGUAGUUCAGCCCACAGCCCGCAGGGGGCACCCUGCCGAGGAGGCCCGGAACGGGGCUCCUGGACCGCCAAACACAUGAGAAAGGGGGACGAGGACAGAGAACGAGAGAGGGACGAGGUGCCAUGGAGGAACGGAGGUACAGUGGAUGACGACAGGCUGAACGGGAGGAUGCAGGAUCGACGGAACAAGCCGUACCUGAAACACUCCGAGCGGAUCAGUCCCAGAUCAGCGGACCAAAGAGGAGGAGGAAGAGGGGAGGGGAUGAGGGGGGGAGACUGGUACCCCCACCCGCGGUGUAGCCCUCAGGGGAUGCCCCCCUUCCCUUCGUACAGGAACACGGAUGAGGACUCCUACAAAACACAGCAUGUGUAUAGGCCAGAGAAGCCCUACCAGAGACAUGAGGAGGGGAGAGUCAAGUCAAAGAGGAGGGAUGGGGGGGACUACCACAGAUCCAGACACUCAGAGUCAGAGCUGGGAGAGGAGUCUCUACCCACCAGGACAGGAGAAGACAGAAGACAGAGAGGAGGCUCCCCGACAUGGGGAAGGAGCAAGAAACCCACCAUGAGACACCAGGAGAAACCGGAAAUAGAGAUGACUGAAAAUAACGGAGAAACCGCUGAGGAUCAGCGAUCCAAAGAGAAGUCUGUUUCUCCUCAACGAAGUGGCAAGCAUGAGAGAGAAAAAGACAGCGAGGCGGAGGAGUGGGAGAGUGGGGACGACACAGAGGGUGAGUGCUGGUACCCCAAGAACAUGGAGGAGCUGGUCACAGUGGACGAGGUAGGAGAGGACGACUCCAUCAUCGAACCGGACCUCCCUGAGCUGCAGGAUGACGAGGAUGUGUCAGCCUCAGACCUCCAAAAGGAUCCUACGGAGGAGGAGGAGGGAGAGGCUCCACGAUCAACCUCCACCCCCAGUCCCAGGCCCUGCUCUGAGAUGGAGUUAGCCCAGAGAGAGGAUACCGAGUUGGGUAGAGGAGGUGGGGUAGGUGGGGUGGUGGAUCCUAUACCUACAGAGCAGAAAGAUGGGGAGAUUAGUACAAACCCCAGCCCCACAGACCAGUCACUGCCACAGUCACAGUCACAGCCACAGCCACAGUCACAGCCACAGCCACAGCCACAGCCACAGCCACAGUCACAGCCACAGCCACAGCCACAGCCACAGUCACAGCCGCAGCCACAACCGCAGUCACAGUCACAGCCACAGCCACAGCCACAGCCACAGCCACAGCCACAACCACAGCCACAGCCACAGCCACAGUCACAGCCACAGCCACCCAUCCCAGUAGCCUCAGAACAGCUCAGUUCAGAUCUGGAUGAUUUCCCCAACCCGGAGUUCAAGGCAGCCCUGGAAGAGACGUGUUUGGAAGUUGAAGUACUGAAGAGUGGAGCGCCGACGCAGGAGCUGGCGCUAACCAAUCACGCUGGCGCGUGUGAAAGCAGCAAGACCCAGGAUGUAAUAAUACACCAGGUGGAGGACGUGGGGAGGGAAGUAACGGUCAUGAAGCCAGACAUACAGCAGCACAAGGCUGAGACUCCUAGAGUCAUCCAGAAUUCAACACAUGUCCCACGUCCUAUAAACCUGAUAGACAUAGGGGCUCCCUCACCUUCUAGAGGGCAGGAGAAGAUUAUCAGUGAACACAGCAUCCCUCUGGGGGUGGAGUUCAUCGUGCCCAGUACGGGGUUCUACUGUAAGCUGUGUGGCCUGUUCUACACCAGCGAGGAGACAGCCAAGACCUCUCACUGUCGUAGUACUGUCCACUACAGGAACCUUCAGAAGUACCUGUCUCAGCUGGCAGAGGAGAGUCUACUUGGUGCACUAACUGACCCCUCAGCUACAGAGUGACCUCUGACCUAUACUCAUCAUUCGGUACUGUCAAGUUGAGAUGGUGGACAGCGUUGCGUCUGUGCUACAGACUGAGUGAUCUGAGCUUGCCAAGGACUACUCAACGAAAGAGACAUGAAUAAAUGACAUAUCGGAUGGAAGUCACACGGUGAAAUGCACUGGACCCGUUAGAGAAGAGCGAUUCUCUGAGAAUUGUUUGGACUAAAACUCAUUGCUACAAAUCAAAUGAAAUGUUAUUGGUCACAUGCUCCAUAUACAGUAAUACAUAUUACCGUGAAAUGCUGACUUACGAGCCCAUUCCCAACCAUGCAGAGUUAAAAAGAAAGACAAAUAUUUGCUAAAGGAAAUAGUAACGCAACAAAAUAACAAUAACGAGGCUAUAUACAAUCUAGCAAUAUGUUUGAUUCUGUACAUAGUAUAAACGAUACUGUAGUUUAAAAAGGUUCCAGUGUUACUGUACUACAUUUGUGAAAAUGAAAACCGGUCACCAAAGAUUUGUGUUAAAAAUAUAUUUAUCUAUCUUUCACCCUUUGAUUUAUUUGCAGUAGAGAAUAAAUGUGUUUGUUUUUCAUCGCGGGAAUAAACACAGCCUUCUUUCUAGUCAUUAUUGUAGAAGUCAGACUCUGUGAUAUAGUGAACUGAAAGUCAUCCAUAUUAGUAUUUGUCCUGGUUCUGGUUCCAUGAUGUUCCAUGUAGCUGUACUCCAAAUAGUAAUAUAAUCAUUUGAUUUAACAUUUCAUUUGAGUCUGUAGAGUGUUAGGGAUAUUACAUUUUUAGAUGCAAAGUGCCUUGGAACAUGUCUGCCAUUGUUAGAUGUAGCAGUUUAGAAGUAAUCCUCAGGUUGGUUUAAUUUGGAUAUUUUAACUUUGAAUGUAUAUUUCAUGACACAGUGUUUCUGUGUAUAACUGGAGGAUAUGAAGGCCUACACUUGUUAUACCUACUGUGUCUGUUCAUUGAGACAAAAUGGAAUACGGUUCCCGACAGACAUGGACAAAGACGUAUCAGUCUGAAAGAUAUGGAACUUUCAAAAUACAGAAAUCAUCCCAGUAUGAUGCAUUUUGCAUCCAUUUUGAAAGUUACAUAUCUUGAAAGGUUAAGUGCUGUAAAUGAUUUAGUCCCGAAAUUCUGACAAGCAGAACAUUUAUCAACAAUCGACUAAUGAAACAAAUACCUACAAAUAUUUUCUGUGUGGAAUGUUCCUUUAAAUUGAGAUACAGUUAAGUAUCGCCAUACGUUUUCUUCAGGUUUUCUUCUAUUGUGGUUUGUCCCGUAUUUGAUUUCAUUUAAAAACUACUUUGACAACUUUGUGAAUUGUAAAGUUUGUCACAAUCAGGUUCAAUAUUUUGCAAAUGUCUAAAUAAUUUAUACAGUGCCUUUAAACUGUAGAGAAACUUGAACUGGACCAUGUGUGUUAUUUAAGAGUUAAAUUAAGUGUUAAGAGUUAAAUGAAGUGUGAUUUUAAGUCAGUAUAAUAUAUUGUCGAGGCAGGGUUUGAAACUUGCUCUCUCUCUCUCUCUGUUUUCUACACUGUGAAUGUUGCUCAAAGUUUUAAGAUUGUGUUGAACUUUUCUUAUGGUUAUUUUCUGAUGAAAUCAUUUGAAUAAACAUGUAAAGAGAGAAAGCUGUUUGUGUAUCAGUGGCGGAGGCUGAGGGGAGGACGGCUCAUAAUAAAGGCUGGAACGGCACAGAUGGAAUGACAUCAAACACCUGGAAAACAUGCGUUUGAUGUAUUUCAUGACAUUCCACCUAUUCCACUCCAACCAUCACCACGAGCCCGUCCUCCCCAAUGAAGGUGCCACCAACCUCCUGUGGUGUGUGUGUUGCCAAUUUAGCAAUUUUCUCUAUUUUCUCCCAUUGAAUAAUGGGAUGCAAAAUAAUGAGUUUAGUUUAUUAGACAAUUUGGAAAGCAAAACACAGUAAAAGACUACUAUUUUGCAUAAAUCAAAUCCUUGAGGAUGAGAAAAACUGCUACUUUAUGUGCAUGGGGCAUUGUGACGUUCUACUGUUUGAGGGGAGCGCCCCCAGAUGUUAAGGUAGGAUAUUACACUUGUCAGACAAAACUAAUUGUAUAAUGAUUAUUCCUUUUGAUAGCACAGACUUGGUCAAGUCAAUUGCACUCUUGGACAUGAUCAUUGACAUUACACAUUACAGUCAAAUAGGAAAAAAAUAUACAAUAAACUAUCUAUCUUUGGAC